AUGGAUAUACUUAAUCCUAUGACAUAUGAUGUAGAAGAAGAUAAAUUACGUGAACAUACGAAAUAUAAUCAAAUGGAUAGACUUCUUCUUCGACUAGAAUUUCAACAACAAUUAGUAUUAACUGAUACAAUAAUUGUUGCUGUUGAAUAUGAUGGUGGAGUUAUCAUCAGUGCUUAUACACGUAUUACAUUAACUAUUAUACGUGAUGGUUGUGCUUGUUUUGCAAUAAUUGAUCAUAACAGUGUUGAACGUGUUGAUAUACUAGGAAAUGAUCUACCACAAGUUGUUGAUCUUUAA